AUGUACGCAAAAGUCAAGACGCCGGUAUACCGGAAAACCGGGAAACCGUUGUAUGUGAAAACUAUACCAAGUUGGGUAACACCGGUAUGCCGAGGACUGAGACCAUCAAGCCGAGUUGCGGCAAGGGAGGGGGGAAAGGAUGUCACCAAGGUCUGGGGAUCCGGCGACGAAAGAGGGAGGGGCGUUGGGGCGUUGGGCGCCGGGCGUCGUCAAUGUGACCUCGCUAGUGGUUUCUUCAUCUUGUCUUUGAAUUCGUACCUCUAUGCUCGAGGAUCUACGAAAAUGGGCACGGAUUUUCAUCCAAUACCAUGGUUUCAUGAAUGA